CAUGGUUGGCUGCCUACCUUAGGUGGUAUAUGCAGCUCUCGUGUAGCUGAAUUUGUGAUACUUCCCUUGCCCCCUUUGACAAUCCCUUCAACUAUCUCGACAAUCCUGAUACAUCCUACCUUGUACCAUUUCGGUGCUAUCUUGCCAUGUCACUUCUUUGAUUAUAUUGCAGGAACAUCCACCGGAGGCCUAAUAGCCAUAAUGCUGGGUCGUUUCAGGAUGACUGUCGAUGAUUGUAUCCACGAAUACGAAACUCUCUCUGGUGCCGUGUUUGGUCAUUCUCGUUGGAUUCAUGACAUGAACACUGUGGGCGUUUAUAAGCGUUGCAAAUACAGCACCCAGAAGUUCCAUGAUGUGAUCACCGAAGUUAUCAUGCGCCGAGUAGAAAGGGGUCAAUACGAUCGCCAAAAUGCUCGAUUUAACACAGAAAGUGGACUUUGCAGAGUCUUGGUGAUCGCAAACAAGAAAGAAGCAGAGGGCAUAGUAACAGAUGUUCGGUUUUUUCGUUCAUACGAAAUAUACCCACAUCCAGCAUCUUUUCACAUGACAUUCAUCCUUUCGGACAAACUUCAGAGAUGAACACGGCGAAAGGCCAGGGGACAUUUGUGUGUGGCAUGUCGCACGAGCGACUACAGCUGCCCCAUUAUAUUUCGAGCCCCUGAAGCUCACA